AUGCAUUCCUCAACGGUGAUCUUGCAGAAGAAGUCUAAUAUGCAUCCUCCACCUGCCUUUCAUUGUUCACCACAUGAAGUUUGCGAACUUCGUCGAGCACUUUAUGGUCUCAAGCAGACUCCUCAUGCUUGGUUCGCCAAGUUCAAAUAUGUGGUUACUCAACAAGGCUUUGUCCCUAGUGCAUAUGACUCAGCUCUUUUUCUUCGGACUACUAAUGCUCAUAUUAUUCUUAUCCUUCUUUAUGUAGAUGAUAUGAUUAUUACUGGUGAUGACAUUUUAGGCAUACAUGGUCUACAAUCUUUCCUUAGUCGAAAUUUUGAGAUGAAGGAUUUGGGAACACUCAGCUAUUUUCUUGGACUAGAGGUUACUUCGAGUGCCGAUGGGUAUUUUCUAUCUCAAGCCAAAUAUGUGUCUGGCCUACUAUCUCGAUCUAGUUUGACAGACAAUAAAAUAGCUAGCAGUCCUCUUGAGACCAAUAUUAAGCUUCUUGCUAUGGAUGAUGAGCACUUAUCAGAUGCUACUCUCUACAGGCAGUUAGUGGGUAGUCUUAUUUAUCUCACAGUAACACAGCUCGAUAUUUCCUAUGCUGUCCAUUUGAUGAGUCAAUUUAUGAGUUUCCCUCGCCUCACUCAUUAUGCUGUUGUUCUUCACAUUCUGCAUUAUGACAAGGGCACUUUAUUUCAGGGACUUCACUUCUCCUCUCAUUCAUCUCUUGAGCUCCGGGCCUACUUUGAUGCUAAUCGGGCUUGUGAUCCUACAGAUCGCCCCUCAACCACUGUUUAUUGUUUCUUACUUGGGACUUCUUUAAUUUCAUGGCGGAGUAAGAAAAAAUCUGUUGCUCGAUCCAGUACUGAAGUUGAAUAUCGUGCACUUACUGACACUAGUUUUGAACUUCUUUGGUUGCACUGGCUUUUGUCUGAUAUGAGUGUCUCUCUGUUUGGCUGUUCUCCCAUCCAUUGUGACAAUCAGAGUGCCAUUCAGAUUGCUCACAAUGAUGUUGUUCACGAGCGCACUAAACAUAUCGAGAUUGACUGUUACUUCAUUAGACAUCAUCUUUAG